AUGAUGGGGAUUUUAAGCACGGUCAUCAUGGCCCUCAUCUCAGUAGCUGCUACCUGCCCUGCCUCACCCUGUGAAUGUCUGGACAAAGUUACAGUCAGCUGCCCGGACAAGAGGCUGAAGAAGUUCCCUAACCUCCCAGAUGGUACUGAGGAGCUUUAUGUGGCCCACAACCUGAUCCAGGCAUUCCCCACCAGUGGACUGGAGCGGCUGCAGGUCCUGGAUCUCACCAAGAACCGCCUCAAUGUCUCCUUGACCUCCAACUUCAUCUGGCCCAACAUGAGCAGCCUGGUCAAGCUGUUUCUCAGGGGUAAUUUCCUGGGUUCACUGGGCCCUGGGCAGCUCCAAGGCCUCUCAGCUCUCACCUUCCUGGACCUCAGUGAGAACCACAUGGAGGCCCUGCACCCAGGAUCUCUCCAAGGCCUUGGUCAAUUGAAGACGCUCAUUCUAACGCUGAACCAGAUCAACAGCCUGCAGUACGGGGCACUGAGUGGAGCCCCUGCACUCACUGACCUUCACCUGAGCAGCAACAAUAUUGUGGAGUUUGAGGAAGGGGUGUUUGAGAACUCCUCCAAGUUGGUAAAGCUGAUUUUGUCCAAGAACAACUUGGUUAGCAUUGGGAAUGGCACAUUCAGGGGAGCAGUUAACAUGAGUCAUCUGGACCUCAGUGGAAACAGGUUAGAUUCUGUGCCCGUUGCUGCCCUGAGGGAUGUGUCACAGCUGCACAGCUUGUACCUCCAGAAGAACAGCAUCACCUUCUUACCAGAAGAUGCUUUCUCUGAGCUCAGCCAUCUAAGGGUUUUGGUUUUGAAUAAUAACUGCUUGAGCAUAAUAGCUGAACACUCAUUGAGUGGUCUAUCCCAUCUCGGUCAAUUGGAUCUGAGCUACAAUAACCUCCAAUCCCUUCCCUCUGAAGUGUUUCAAUAUAUAGGCAGACUGGAGCUCCUGGAUCUCUACCACAACAACCUGACAUACCUUCCAGAGGACCUGUUUCACAACCUAACUAGGCUGAGAGAGCUGCAGCUUGACAGCAACAAGAUCUCGUACAUUCCACCAGGGCUCUUUCACAUGGUGUCUAAGCUAAGGGAACUCCAGCUGGCCAACAAUCAGAUAGCUGACCUACCACAAUGCCUUGUUCUUCAGCCUGAGGAGGCUACGGAAACUCUACCUGGACAACAACGCACUAAGCAGGAUUCCCAGAGGCCUAUUCCACAAGACCAAGUACCUCAGGGAGCUACAGUUGGACAAUAACCACCUCAGGUCUCUCCCUAGGUCCAUCUUCCAUGGUCUGGCUAAACUCCACUCCCUGAAGCUUUUCAACAACCGUCUCACAGCUAUUCACCCUGAGCAGUUUUCUACCCUUGGUGACCUGAGAGAGCUCCUGUUGAAUGAAAACCUGAUAGAAGAUCUUCCCACAGGCGUAUUUUCUGAGCUUCGAAGCCUCAAGAUGCUGGAUUUGGACAACAACCGCCUCACAGCAUUGGCUCCUACAGGCUUUGAUGGGUUAAGUGCCCUAAAGGAGCUCCAUCUCAGCUUCAACCAGCUCCGUGAUCUCCCAUAUGCCACCUUCUACACCCUGGGUGAUCUACGUAGACUCCUUCUCCAGAACAACCGCUUAGUGGCCUUGCACCCUCAAGUCUUCGCCCCCCUGGCCGACUUACAGGAGCUUGACUUGGACAACAACCAGAUUGAACUGCUACACCCUGACAUGUUUCAAGGCCUUCACCACCUCCAGAAACUGCACCUGAAAUCAAACCGCCUCAGUGCUCUUGUGAAUGGGACACUAGAGCCUCUGGAGAGCCUGAAGGUCCUCCACCUGGAGGGGAACCCCUGGGACUGCUCUUGCAGAUCACCCAUCCUGUACAUCAGUAACUGGAUCAUCAACAACACCCAGAAGCUACAGGAUGAACCCAUGUGUUCCACACUCAGCCAACCCAUUUCACAGCCUGCACACUUAUUAAAGCCCUGUGUGAGCUUUGCAUGCUGCCCCAGAAACAAAUUUCCCCUAGAGAUGCUGACAGUGCUUACAGCUUGGCUUCUAGGUAUUGGUUUUCUGUGACAUCCUUUUGCGGUUUCCUCAUUUUGGUUUUCUUUCUUGUUUUCAGAUGUUUAUGGUUUAUUGCUUUCAUGCAACUGUCUAUUGCACAUGCAUUGUAAAUAAUUUAAGUGGAUGUAGUGUAAAUAAUGAUAUUUUUAAAUAUUUUAUGUUUUUCUUUUAAAUAAAAGUAAUUAUUUCAUUUAAUUUCUUGAUAUGUUACAAUAUCUGCCAUAAUGUGUGAUCUUGAUGUGAAUUAGACUAAAAAGAGUGUUGUUCAGAGUUAAUAAACUUUAGGCAUUUACUGCAUAAUGUAUGACUAAUUGCCCAUCCAUGGAUAUAAAACAUACAUACUCUCUCCAACUCAAGACAUGCAGUCGCACACUCAAACAGAGAUACAACUGCUCGUUAGUCUAAAUGCCACUAGACAUCACUGCGUACCCACUGUACAGAGUCAAAGAUACAUUAGCCUACAAAUGCUGAGGGGCAUUACUGCUGAGCAUUUGUGAGUGAGCCUUGAGUCAACCUUUUAUGAGGUUGAAUGUGAUUAACCCUAAAUGGAAAGAAAUUAAGGAAACUGUGGAACACGGGGUCAGGUCAGGCACCCCGACAGCGGAACACAUUAGGUUUGGUCCCUCACCUCCUGCACUGCAUUCUAGGUGGGGUGCUGCUGAAGGGUGUCUGGGUGGCUAGGAAGUGCCCCUUAAUCUAUAUGACAAGUUCUCUGCUGUUAUGUGCAUGGAGUACGUCAGAGAACCUUGGGGAAAAUAACCAAAGGUCUUUGUGAGUUUGGUCGGUAAACAUAACAAUUCUGCCAUGCCCAAUUUGACUGACAGGCAGCAAAUGUAGACUUGUGAUUUUCAGGAAUGAGGAUCGGAGGGAAGGAUGAUCAUAGAUGGGUGCGAGGCAGAAAUCCUUAAAUGAUUACCCUAUGAGGAUUUGCAUAUUUGUACACUUAACAUAGCAAUUUGAAGUACCCAAGGUAACCUAACAUGAAUUAGGUUACCAGUGGAAACUGCAGCUCAGUUGGUAGAGCAUGGCGCUUGCAACACCAGGGUUGUGGGUUUGAUUUCCACGGGGGGCCAGUAUGAAAAAUGUAUGCACUCACUAACUGUAAGUCGCUCUGGAUAAGAGCGUCUGCUAAAUGACUAAAAUGAAACAGGUUAGAUUCUGUGCCCGUUGCUGCCUUCAAGGAUGUGUCACUGCACUCCUUCUCCAGAACAACUGCUUGGUGGCCUUGCACCCUCAAGUCUUCGCCCCCCUGGCCGACUUACAGGAGCUUGACUUGGACAACAACCAGAUUGAACUGCUACACCCUGACAUGUUUCAAGGCCUUCACCACCUCCAGAAACUGCACCUGACAUCAAACCGCCUCAGUGCUCUUGUGAAUGGGACACUGGAGCCUCUGGAGAGCCUGAAGGUCCUCCACCUGGAGGGGAACCCCUGGGACUGCUCUUGCAGAUCACCCAUCCUGUACAUCAGUAACUGGAUCAUCAACAACACCCAGAAGCUACAGGAUGAACCCAUGUGUUCCACACUCAGCCAACCCAUUUCACAGCCUGCACACUUAUUAAAGCCCUGUGUGAGCUUUGCAUGCUGCCCCAGAAACAAAUUUCCCCUAGAGAUGCUGACAGUGCUUACAGCUUGGCUUCUA